AUGAGUAAAAAGAACAUGGCAAUUUCUUUUCAUAAUCAUGACAACAUGAUAAUGUUAACGAGGAAAUAUUUAAAAAGAAAAAUAAUGUACCCGGAAACAAAAUUUAGAAAUCACAUUCAGGAGCGUCUGCACGUUCUUGAAUUAAUGAAACGUACCGUUGAUAUGGGUGAAAGUAAUUCAGUGCUAUUAAUUGGACCAAGAGGCAGUGGAAAAACUACUCUCAUUAAUAGCGUGUUAAAAGAAUUGUCUUGUUCAAAAAAUUUCCAAGACAAUGCACUUAUAGUGAGUCUUCAUGGUCUAGUUCACACUGACGAUCGAUUGGCUUUAAAGGAUGCAACAAGACAAAUGCAAUUGGAAAAUGUUGUAGAAGAUAAAGUUUUUGGUACAUUUGCCGAAAAUUUAAGCUUUCUAUUAGAAAGUUUGAAAUCUGGUGACAAAAAGCACUCCAAACCAAUAAUAUUUAUAUUGGACGAAUUCGAUUUAUUCUGCACACAUCAUAAUCAAACUUUACUGUACAAUCUCUUUGACGUGGCUCAAUCUGCUCAAGCUCCCAUUUGCGUAAUUGGAAUAACUUGUAGGUUAGAUGUUAUAGAAUUGCUAGAAAAAAGAGUCAAAUCUAGAUUUUCUCAUCGACAAAUAUUCUUAUAUCCUGGCGACACAUCUGGUUCCGACAUACCAGCCUCAGUCUUCGAUGAUCGAUUAGAACUCUUUGAGCGAUUGCUUAGCUUACCCGAUGAUGAAAAUGUUAAUAAAAUUGAAGAAGAAAACACAGAAUGUAAUAUAGAUGAGAAAUUUCGAGCAAUUUGGAAUGAUCAGAUUAAAAGCUUGAAAGACAAUCCAACGAUUAUUAACAUUCUAAAACAAAUGCAUAAAACUGAUAGGACGGAAAGGAAAUUUAGAAAUUUUUUAGCCAUAGCAAUUUCUUCGUUGUGCACGAGUCAUCAAGAAUUAGAAGUUGAUGAUUUUGUCCAAGCCAGUAAAAUUUUUACGCAAAAUGAUAAGGUUUUAAUUUUGGAGGGUUUGUCUAUUUUAGAAAUGUGCCUAAUAAUAGCCAUGAAGCAUGAAACAGAAAUUUUUGAUGGCGAACCUUUGAAUUUUGAAAAAGUAUCAAAUCGUUAUUUAAAAUUUGCAAAUCAAAAUUCUGCUAUUGCCUCUGUCCAAAAACCGGUAAUCAUGAAAGCAUUUGAGCAUAUUAAAAAUUUGGAAUUAAUCAUACCUGUGGGAAUGAACCAAAGAAUCGAGAAGGAGUAUCAAUCUUAUAAAUUUACAUUGACAUCGCAACAGGUUAUGGAGGCUGUCAAGAAUUAUCAAGAUUUACCAACUGAUAUAACUCAAUGGGCAGACAGUAGUAUCAUCUAAGAUGAUUUAUAAAGUCGAAGAUGCCUUUUUGCCAUAACUUAUAAAUUUAAGAGCUAGUUAUCUUCGAUUUUGUUCGUAAUUAUUUUCUAUAUAGAGUAUACUUUAUGUCUUUGCUAUACAAAAGACUUUUAUCGAUUAAAAUUGUCUAAAUUCAGUAAAAAAUGACUAAAUUGAAGUGAAAAAACGUCUUUUACCAGUGCCAUUAUAUUUACUUAUUAAAAAUCAUAGGAAUAAGUGUAUAACGAUGCGGAUGUGUGUGCGUGUGUUGUGUGCGUGCG